AAACAAAUCUGAUUACCGCGGGAGCUACGCCACCGCUUAGCCCUUCUUGGACAUUUCAGUGUAGGCCCCGAGCUGAGCGAGGAAAAGUCCACCAAGGCGAAAGAAGGGCCUCAAGCGGAGAGGAGAGGGGCGAGCUUAGGUGGCGCUCUAGCUCGCCGACCAUAGACGCUUCACAUGUGGGGAUCUGAUUGGCUGAAGGCCGCGCCUCGCAAGAGCGACUUCCGGGAUAGAGGCGGGAGCUGGAAGGAACACGAUUUCCUGCGCGAGGCGCAGCUGGUCCGUUUCUCCGGAGGGAUGGAAGCUCCGCUUCUUCGCACGCGGUUACCCGCGGAGGCGCCAGCUUCGGCACCUAUGGUGGCGACGCUGAGCGCGUCAAGGACUGGGAUUUCAGAUAUGCUUGCAUUAAAGAAUGAGUUCUUCAAUUCUCCUCCAAGAAAAACUGUUCGGUUUGGUGGAACUGUGAGAGAAGUCUUGCUGAAAUACAAAAAGGGUGAAACAGAUGACUUUGAGUUGUUGAAGAACCAGCUGUCAGAUCCAGACAUAAAGGAUGACCAGAUCCUUAACUGGCUGCUAGAAUUCCGCACUUCUAUCACAUACUUGACGAAAGACUUUGAGCAGCUUAUCAGCAUUUUGUUGAGGUUGCCUUGGUUGAACAGAAGUCAAACAGUGGUGGAGGAGUAUUUGGCUUUUCUUGGUAAUCUGGUGUCAGCACAGACUGUCUUCCUUAGACCCUGUCUCAGCAUGAUUGCUUCUCAUUUUGUACCUCCUCGAGUGAUCACUAAGGAAGGUGACAUAGAUGUUUCAGAUUCGGAUGAUGAAGAUGAUAAUCUUCCUGCAGUUUUUGACACAUGUCAUAGAGCAUUGCAAAUAAUAGCAAGAUAUGUCCCAUCGACACCGUGGUUUCUUAUGCCAAUACUGGUAGAAAAGUUUCCGUUUGUUAGAAAAUCAGAAAGAACAUUGGAAUGUUAUGUUCAUAAUUUACUAAGGAUAAGUGUCUAUUUUCCAACCUUGAGGCAUGAAAUUCUAGAACUUGUUAUUGAAAAGCUACUCAAGUUGGAUGUGAAUGCAUCGAGGCAGGAUAUUGAAGAUGCUGAGGAGACAGCAGCUGAAGCUUGUGGAGCAGAUUCCACAGAAGGAUUGUUUAAUAUGGAUGAAGAUGAAGAAGCUGAACACGAAACAAAGGCUGGUCCUGAGAAGCUUGGUCAGAUGGUCCAUCCUGUAGCUGAACGCCUGGACAUCCUGCUGUCCUUGCUUUUGUCCUAUAUCAAGGACGUCUGCUAUGUGGAUGGUAAGAUUGAUAACAACAAAACCAAGGAUCUAUAUCGUGAUUUGAUAGCCAUUUUUGACAAACUCCUUUUGCCCACCCAUGCCUCCUGCCAUGUACAGUUUUUCAUGUUUUACCUCUGUAGUUUCAAAUUGGGAUUUGCAGAAGCAUUUUUGGAACAUCUCUGGAAAAAAUUACAGGAUCCAAACAAUCCUGCCAUCAUCAGGCAAGCUGCUGGAAAUUAUAUUGGGAGCUUUUUGGCAAGAGCUAAAUUUGUUCCUCUUAUUACUGUAAAGUCGUGCCUCGAUCUUUUGGUUAACUGGCUGCACCUGUACCUUAAUAACCAGGAUUCAGGAGCAAAGGCUUUUUGUGAUGUUGCUCUUCAUGGCCCAUUUUAUUCAGCCUGCCAAGCUGUGUUCUACACCUUUGUUUUUAGACACAAGCAGCUUUUGGGUGGAAACCUGAAAGAAGGUUUAAGGUACCUUCAGAGUCUAAAUUUUGAACGUAUCGUGAUGAGCCAGCUAAACCCUCUGAAGAUAUGCCUGCCAUCAGUGGUUAACUUCUUUGCUGCUAUCACAAAUAAAUACCAGCUAGUCUUCUGCUACACUAUCAUUGAGAGGAACAAUCGGCAGAUGCUGCCAGUUAUUAGAAACACAGCCGGAGGGGACUCAGUACAGACCUGCACAAACCCACUCGAUACCUUCUUCCCCUUUGAUCCCUGUGUUCUUAAGAGGUCAAAGGUAUUCAUCGAUCCCAUUUACCAGACGUGGGAGGACAUGAGUGCUGAAGAGCUUCAGGAGCUUAAGAAGCCUGUUAAAAAGGAGGUGAUAGAGGAUGAAGAUGAUGACUUUUUGAAAGGCGAAGUGCCUCAGAACGAUGCUGUGAUUGGAAUCACACCAAGCUCCUUUGAAACACAUUUCCGAAGCCCUUCCAGUAGCGUGGGCUCCCCACCUGUGGUGUACAUGCCCGGCCAGUCCCCGCUUAUCUCAGGAAUUUGUGAUUGAGGAGUUUUGCUCUUCCUGGUGUGGCCUUCAGUGCCCAGCCCCGUACAGUUGUGGCACUGCUUGGACUGCGGGUGCUGUGUGUUCCAUUUAGACUUCACCUGCCGUCCGAUAGACACUUUUUUUGUUUUCUUUUCUUUUUUAUGCUCCCCUUAUGGACAAAAGGAAAAGAUUGUCAUGUGCAAUAUGUUAUAGAGGGUUUAUGAUAAAUGUCGAAGACUGCUUAUUAGUUUAAUGUGUAUCUUUUUUUAAUGUCAUUGUAGAAUUUUAAAUAUCAGCACUAGCCCAUUUUAAUAGAUGGCCUUUUUUAACAUAGGUUCUUUUUAGAGCCAUGGUCACAAAGACUUUCUAGGUCUGAUUUCAGUGAACAGUCCUCUAGGAUAAAUCCUCUAUUUAAAAACUAGAAUGUUUAUUUUGGCUGUGUUUACUUUCUUUUGUAACUGUAUUUGUGUGGUGGGACAUACUGAGUUCAGAGAAGAUGAAGGAAAGUGGGGACAUGGCGGGGCUGCGCUGAGAAGUUACUUGUUUGAGCUGACAUUAAUGAAGCUCUCCAGGGACUUGGGAGGACCGUCGAUGACAGGAGGGAAGAGAGAAGGCAUUUAUGGAAACAGGAUUGGACAGAUAGCGUACUUACUUAACUCAGUGUAAAAAUGGAUUUGGAAGAAAAGCGGAGGUCAGAUAAAUGUAAUUUGUGUCGACAAAGUGGGUUUGUACAACAAACCAACCACAGCUUUAUCCUGGCUCCCAAGCCUGUUAGAAUUGAAUCUGCCAACUGUGGGAGCCCAUCAUGGCCCUCUGGCAUUUGACACUUGAAAGGAAACUUCUUCCUUUACAAUGAAGGCAUUGAUAAAGGCUAUAUGACAUUUGUUACCUUUC